ACCUCGCUGGGGCGCACUUACAGGACACAUGCUGUAGGGCCUCCGCUUUCCGCACAUCGCGCUGCUCCCGGCCGCCCGCGACCACCUCCGCUCCGGAACGCGGUGCGGCCCGGCGGCCCCGGCCCAUGGAGCCGCCCCCUCUCGCCGCCGUCGUGGCCAUAUCGGGACUGGCGCUGAGCUGCUGCCGAGAGCCCGGUCUGUCCGAAUGUUACACAGCAAAUGGGGCUGAUUACCGUGGCACUCAGAACCAGACCUCCCAGCAUGCAGGGAAGCCUUGUCUCUUUUGGAAUGAGACCUUCGAGCACCCUUAUAAUACUUUGAAAUAUCCCAAUGGGGAAGGAGGGCUUGGUGAGCAUAACUACUGCAGGAACCCUGAUGGAGAUGUCAGCCCAUGGUGCUACAUUGCAGAGCACGAGGAUGGAAUAUAUUGGAAAUAUUGUGAGAUUCCAUCCUGCCGAAUGCCAGGGAAUCUGGGCUGUUACAAGGAUCAUGGAGAGCCACCAACUUUGACUGGCACCAGUGAGACCUCCAAUAAACUCACUAUCCAGGCAUGCAUCAGUUCCUGCCGAAGUCAACAAUUUAAGUUUGCAGGCAUGGAAUCAGGUUAUGCCUGUUUCUGUGGAAAUAACCCUGACUACUGGAGAUACGGGGAGGCAGCCAGUACGGAAUGCAACAGUGUUUGCUUUGGAGACCAUACUCAGCCUUGUGGUGGGGAUGGCAGAGUCAUUCUUUUUGACACCCUUAUUGGUGCCUGUGGAGGGAAUUACACUUCUGCUACAGCUGUGAUCUAUUCCCCAGAUUUUCCUGACACAUAUGGCACAGGCAAAGUUUGUUACUGGACCAUACAAGUCCCAGGAGCAUCUCAAAUCCUCUUCAGCUUUGUCCUCUUUGAAAUCAAAGAUGCUACAGACAUGGUGGAAUUGCUGGACGGUUAUACCUAUCACGUUCUAGCUCGUUUUAAUGGGAAGAAUCGGCCUCCCCACACCUUCAACAUCUCCCUGGAUUUUGUCAUCCUGUACUUUUUUUCAGAUGAAAUCAACCAAGCCCAGGGAUUCGCCAUCAGAUACAGAGCUGUGAAGGACAACGUGCAUCAAAACAAGAUUGUAGUGAAUCAGACUCUUUCAGAGAAGAGAAAUGAACACUCAAAUUUCAGCAUCAACACAGCUCGGUCAUCAAAGAUACUUUACGUCAUCACGACCAGUCCAAGCCAUCCCAGCAGCUCCAUGCCUGAGUGGACAAUAUACAGCCUCACAGCGCUGCUCAUCCUAAGUGUUACAGCCAUAUUGGCCAAGAUAUUUCUCCACGUUGCCAUGAAAUCCCAUCAGAUCCCACCUGCAAACGAAAUAGAGGAUUCCAGUGAAGUUACUGCUGCUGGAGAGAUCUGGAGUAUAUUCUAUCGGCCAUCCACAUCAAUAUCCAUCUUCAAGAAACAGCUGCGAAGUCAACAAGACGAUUGCAAUCCACUGGUGGGAAACUGAGGUGUCUUUUAUUUUACAGGGGCCAAUCUUCUUAAAAUCCAGGUGAUUUGGGAAUAACUUGGUUUUUUUCCUCCCACUCUCAUGCUUGUCUUCCAAAAAGUCAAUUCCCAAAGUCCUUGGCGUGACUUUGUCUGUCUGCUGUUCUCUUUUUUAUACUGGUGGCAAUGGAUUUUAGUGAUGCAAUCGUUUCCAGAUAUCUGGAGCUCAUCAAAUCUGCAGCGUUGUCAAUUACCGCGAGAAGAAAGCGUUCCCCUGCCCGUGAAAUUAAAACAGAGCCACAUUUUUAAGACUAAUGCCCUUAAUUGCCAAAGAACUAAAACAUCAGUGGGGAUUUGAUCUGCAGAAUAACUUCGCUUUGAUUGCAACAAGCAGCAUUAACUAUUUUUUCCUCUUUGGUAGAAGACGUGUCCACCUACAGUGCUGACUUCUCAUCCCACCGCUGGGGAUCAGCAGUGAGUGUGUCAGCCUCAGCAAGUCCAGCCCUGCGAGAUACUUAGGAAAAUAAAGGCAGUACAGAUCAGAUAAGUUGCUGGGAACAGCUGGCAUUCAUGAGCAGCUCCUUCAACUAUGUCAGGGAGAAGUCAAUGAGAGCCAUUAAAGUACAGUAAGUCUGGUUAGGACAAAGGGUGUAAAUAUGAGUUUAAAUAUACUGAUGCUCAAUAACAUGAGUGUGCAGACACUAUUCAGUGUGUCUGCAAAAGGUAACAGAGACAAGCGAGAAAACUGUCACUGAGUUUACAUUCAGCAUUUGCCCUUUUGUUGUCGACACCAAAAGCUUCUCCCUUCACGAGGACUGUAGAUUUCAUUGAAAGAAACAGGGCAUUUAAAAAUCAAACAGUGACACGCUGUGCCUUGCUGCUCCGAAAGUAAUGCCUCCUGUUUCACGGCAUUGGCGCAAUUGAUGUCAGUGGUAGACGUUGGUGCUACAGCUGUAGAGAUUGAAGCUUCCCACCAGUAUCCCAUUCCAUUGCUGUGUGAUGGAUGGCAGCAGGGGGGCACUCUGACAGGAUGGUGUCUGAUGUGAAAGUGUGUAUAAACAAAGAUAUAUCAAUGAAUUCUGCCAUGCAGAAAAAAAUGGCCCCAUCGACAUUCAUAGAACAUUCAUGGAGACCCAGCAGUGGAUGUGAGCACAGUGAGGGGUGGGUGGUGUUUCAGCACAGCAACAGUGGGUCACUUCUGCUGGCGCAGGCUUUUAUGUGCACGGCAUGCAGACUCUUGCUCAUCAUUGGUGAAAAUGCAUAGUUAAUAGUGGUGACUAUGUUGAAAAAUGGUGCUUUAUAGCUGAGAAUUUCCUCUGUCGAAUAGUGCUAUCGUGCUCUUUGUAUCUGCUGUAGUUUGUAUGGAAAUAAAUAGGAGGCAUUACUUUCAGAGCAACCUACAUAGAUCUAGACUUUGCCUGAACUGAGUUAAUUCCAGCUCCAUUUAUGUACCACAGAUGAGUGCCAGACAGCUGAACAACUGCACAAUAAGUGCUUAAUAGAAACAGAACUUCCCUAAGCCAGCAAUUAUGGAAUUGUUUAUAUCAAAAGUGGGAUAUCGUGGAAGCAGCUUGUACUUUCUUGCAUAAGCUGCUGGAAAGGUUACAGGAAAAGUUAAUCACAGCAUUGCCAACCAGUAAGACAGCAAGAAUUGGAAAGUAUGUUGGUUCUCUCUUAUGUGUCAUCAUGUCGGACUAAAAAACAUGGGACUAUUUCAGACUUAACAAGACAUUGAAAACUGCCUUCACAACAGUCAGUGCUUAUGAAGACCUGUAGCAAAACCAGUUUGCUUUCUAUCUGUGCUUAGUCUGGUUCACUAAUGGAAAACAAAGAGAGAGUCAGAAUAAAAUCAGAUCCCAAAGAGUUAUGCUAUGA